GGUGUGUUCGGCUUCGGCGUUUGACUUAACCAACAUAACCUAAAAUACCUUCAUAAUUUGACAGGUGUAACAUGUGCAACGAAUCAAAGUAAAUAUUUUCCUUUGAACCUGCAGAAAUGUCUCAACCAAAAACCAAGAAAAAUUCACCAUGGCUACAGUGUGAAACUUGUUUCAUAAAUAUAAUCAACAAAGAUAUUGACAAACACUCAUCAGACUGUCCUCCAAGUCUUACCCACAAUUACGGCUUUAUUAAAGAUAGAGUUUUAUUUGGAAAUUUGGAUAUAAAAACUAACGAAGAAAUUAAAGGUGUUGUUGAAAAAGAUAGUUUGGUAUUUUUGAGUCAAGGAGCCAUUCAAUUAUGUGAACUCGCCAUCGGUGACUGGGUUUUAAUUAAAUUAAGUAAUGACUUGCCACCACUGGCAAAAGUUGUGUGGCCUACGACUGAAAAAACAUUAACAAGUGUCUUAUUGACCAAGCAAGCAUUACAAUUAGCUCAAGCUGAGGUAGAUUUCUGUGUACAGGUAUCAGUUGUACCUCAAUACUUACCAGAAGCUUACAGGGUCAGUAUAAUUGCACUAAAUUUGCCAAAAUCGUUUGAAAUUCCAUCAGAGUUAUCCAACAGAAUUCAAAAGAGUUAUAUGGAUAAAUUGUUAUGUGUAGGAAACAGAAUUAGUGUAAUGUUUUUUGGGAAACAAAUAAAAUUUGAAGUUAAAUUAAUUGAAAGUGCACCUAAUCAACAUUUAGAAGAAAAAUUCAACAAAUUAAACACUGAUGAAUACACUUUUUAUAAAGUUUUGAACAAAACUAUUUGGGAAUUUUACAGUGAUAGCACUGAAUUUGAACAAGUGGAUACCAAAGGUGGAUGUAUUUCAACAAUUGGUGGUUUAGAUGACGAAAUAAAAGAAGUUAGGGAGGCCAUCAACGGAUGUCUGUGUACUUCAAAUAAAACAUAUGGCUUGAAACAUUCUCAAUCAAUACUUUUGUUUGGAAAUUGUGGAACUGGUAAAACUCUACUUGCUAGAGCAUUAGCAAAGGAAUCAAAAGCCCAUACUCUUGAAAUUUGUGCUUCUGAUUUAUACAGCAAACAUUCAGGAAAUGCUGAAGAGACAAUCAAAACUUUAUUUGAAGAAGCUCUUGAACAUGCACCUAGUAUUAUUAUCUUAGAUGAAGUGGAUAUCCUCUGUCCAGUUAGAUCUCAGAGGCUUACAGAUUCAGAAAAGCGUGUAAUUUCGACUUUAUUAACCAUGUUAGAUAAUUUAAAUCAAAAUUCAAAGCACGUUUUUGUUUUGGGAACCACAAAUAAGCUUGAAUCAAUUGACCCAGUUUUUAGACGAUACGGACGCUUUGAUAGAGAAAUAGAAAUCAGCACUCCUAAUCCAAAAAAUCGAAGAAAGAUCUUAAUCAAAUUGCUUAACAAUGUUGAGCACAUCUUAACUGAGUUAGAUCUUGAUGAAAUAGCUUUGAGUACUCAUGGUUUUGUGGGUGCCGAUUUGGUUUCUUUAUGUUCGAGAGCUGGUCUUAACGCGUCGCGGCGUCAAGGCGAGAAAAUUUCUGUAGAUGAUUUUAAGAGUGCUUUAAAGUACGUGCGACCAAGCGCUAUGAGAGAAGUUCAAGUAGAAGUGGCAAAUGUGCAUUGGUCGGACAUAGGAGGUCAAGAAAAACUGAAAUUAAUUUUAAAGCAAGCUGUAGAGUGGCCUUUGAGACACCCGGAAAGCUUUAUUCGAUUAGGAGUGACGCCUCCGAAAGGGGUUCUGAUGUUUGGACCUCCUGGUUGUUCUAAAACUAUGAUAGCCAAAGCACUAGCUACAGAAAGUGGCCUUAAUUUUCUAUCAAUUAAGGGUCCUGAAUUGUUUAGCAAAUGGGUAGGGGAAUCAGAGAAGGCCGUUCGUGACGUUUUUAGGAAAGCGAGACAAGUGGCUCCAUCAAUAAUAUUUUUUGAUGAAAUUGAUGCACUAGGAGGAGAAAGAAGCUCAGGUUCUAGUACAAGUGUUCAAGAAAGGGUUUUGGCACAAUUGUUAACUGAACUGGAUGGAGUUUCUCCUUUAGGAGAUGUGACUGUUUUAGCAGCCACCAAUAGACCCGAUCGAAUUGAUAAAGCACUGUUAAGACCUGGACGAUUGGAUAGAAUAGUAUAUGUGCCACUACCUGAUGACAACACACGGAAGGAAAUUUUCAAGUUGAAGCUGACAAAAAUGCCUGUGCAAAAUAUUGACAUUGGUGAUUUAGUUGAAUUAACUCAAGGGUACUCUGGAGCUGAAGUGAAUGCCGUUUGUCAUGAAGCAGCUAUGAUGGCUUUAGAGGAGAGCAUAGACGCCGAAACUAUAGAAAUUCGCCAUUUUGAGAAAGCAUUAAAAUUAAUAGUACCUAGAACACCUGAUGGUCUGAUUAAAUUGUAUGAAGAUUAUUUGAAGAGAAAUAUAUAACUAAAAUAUU